GCAUCUUUGGCAAUCAAUUGUAAUUCGGCGAAUCGCGCGAGGAGGAAGCACGAAGAUCGUCCCGAACCGGCUGAAACUUGACAAAAGGCGGCACCGCCAGCGCACGGACGAGCAAUUGCAGCGAUCAAUUGCAGUGAGAAGAGUGAGUGAAGAGGGGUCAAGAAGAGUGAAGAAGUGAUUGAUCGUGAGCGUGAUAUUCGUGGGAUUAUUAAUUGUUUUUUUUUUUUCGAGAGCCAAGCCGCACAUCAAGCUACUAAUUCAUCAUGGAAAAGUCGCAUCAAAAAGUUCUUGAAACGGAUCUGAGCAAAGACCAGCUGAAAGUGCUCAAAGAGGCGUUCAAUGCGUUCGACAAGGACAAGACCGGCCACAUUCCGACGGACGUCGUCGGCACCAUCCUGGAGCUGCUCGGCCACAAGCUGUCGGAGGAGGAGCUGGAGGAGGUGAUUGACGAGUACGACGAGGACGAGUCCGGCCAGAUCGAGUUCAACGAGUUCGUGGAGCUGGCCUCGAACUACGUCGAGCCGGAGGAGGACUACGACGCGUUACGGAAGGAGCUGCGCGAGGUCUUCAUGAUGUACGACAAGGAAGCCAAGGGUUACAUCCCACUCGAUACAUUCAAGCAGAUCCUCCGGGAGCUGGACGGCGCGGUGCCCGAGGAAGAGCUGGACGACAUCGUGGACGAGAUUGACGCUGACGGUUCCGGAACAGUAGACUUUGAAGAAUUCAUGGAGGUUAUGACAGGUGAAGAAUAAUUUCCCCAACUGCAACAAGCAAUAUCUACCUCCCUUUCGUUCUAUCUCUCGCAAAAAAAAAAACGCAAGCUUCGCCGCGAGCUUUUUGCAGCAAAAUUCUUUAUUUUUUCCCACCUUCUGCUAACAACAACAACAACAACUUGAGCAACAGCAACAACUGCAAGAAAAAAGAGCAAAUUUCGAGAGAGAGAUUACGGAAAUAUUUCGUUUUUCGCUAGCACAUGUGGAUACUAGCCCUCCCGAGGCGCCUCCCGUUUACCUCUCGUCUGAUGCUUUUCCAAUUAUUGUUUCUUUACCGGUGUUUUUUUCUAGGUUAAGCUGAAAAUUUGCUCUUCUAAAACAAAACAAAAAAACAGCAAACAAAAAAAACGCACCGCCGUUAACCGCGAAACUAAGUUAUGUUUUAAACAAUUAAAUUUAAAAACAAUCAAACAGCCACGUUCUAGGGAGGUAUAAAAAGUUUCUACUUGUUCACUUGUUAAGGUAGCGCGCGCCCAACGGCCCAGGUCACACAGAAGGUAACCCCGGCUGCGUUCAAGGUUGCGGCAGCGAAAUCAUCCUCCAUUUUUAAGUUUUCUUUUUUUUUCCUUUCAUCACUAGUUUUAACUGUUACGAAAUAAAGAUAUAAAUAUAAACAAUAAUAAAAAUAAAAGUCAUAA